AUGACUUCCGCGAACUACCACAAUAAGUUUGUCGCAGUUAGCGACGAUGGCCAACGCGUACUCAAGCGUUCAAAGAAAAGAACAACAGAAGUAGCCGGCAAAUCGUCGACAUUACUGGAGAUUUUGCUAGCUGCAAGGGGCAGUUUGAUAGCUCUCUGUUUUGUUAUCCUGCUCAAUGUUCAUUUUCACUACAGAACGAAGGAUUCGCUUCUUGGCGGAAUGAUGCGUCCAAAACGGGCAGCAGCAGAAGAAUACGAGCCAAUCGUAGUUACUCCUUCGUUCACGAAGAAAUUCGAAGACAUGGUUUCCGGCGAGCGCGAUACCUGUCAGCCGGACCCGGUCGUUUUCGUCAAAACGCACAAAACUGGAGGAACGACAAUCACAAACAUGAUCCUCCGCCACGCCGAGCGCAACUCAAUGCUCGUGGGUCUUCCAAUCCAAGACCACUGGGAGUUGGCCGGAUACCCGGUCAGCUUCGACCAGCGAUUGGUCGACCCCGUGGCCGAAAAGUACGACGUUCUAUGCCACCAUUUCCGCUUCAACUACGAGGAGAUCGAGAAGAAGAUGCAUGAUAACGCUGCGUAUGUUACUAUCAUGCGAAAUCCAAUCUCAAAUUACGAGUCCAUCUUCGGCUUCUUCCGCGACUACCCCUUCGCCCAGUGGGUCGGAAGAAACGGCACUUUGAAGAACUUCCUCAGCGACCCGGAAAGGUUCUACGAUAAAUCGACUCCCUGGUAUUUCCGAGCCAAAAACUACAUGGCAUACGAUUUGGGAUUCGACAACGAAGAUACCAGUCGAGAAUAUGCAAGAUACGCUAUCGAGGAGAUGGACAAGAUCUUUGAUUUGGUCAUGAUCACCGAUCGUUUUGAAGAGUCGAUCGUUCUACUCCGAGAUCUUCUUUGCAUGUCCGACGAAGAUGUCAUCUACCUGGCGCUGAAGGUCAGAAGAGAAACGCAGAGCACAGAACUUACUACGGAUGAAGCACGCAAAAUUCGCGAAUGGAACUCACUAGAUGCUUCGCUCUACGAUCACUUCGAGAAGAAACUCGACAUUGCCGUGGAGAAAUUCGGGCGUGACAAGAUGAGCUUGGAAGUCAACAAGCUUCGCGCCCAGUUGCGCGACGUCGAGGAGCGCUGCGUCGAUGCUUAUGCCCAGCAGCGACUUACUCCUUGGAUCCGUCGGAUUAAGCUUCGUCGAAAAUCGGGCGAUCAGUGUCUCAAGAUGACUUGGGGCGAGGUGAAAUUCGCCGAUCACAUUCGCGAGCUCCAGUCGGAGCGCACCGACUUACCCCCGCAGCCUUCCUACAUCCGGCAGCACAUUUUGCACCACGACGUGCAACGCACUGUACUUGGCGAGUCGCCCUACAUUCACGCAGACCUCAUGCUCUAG